CACUGAUCGCUGGUAGGAGAACGAGAGAGAGAGUCUUCGCUCAUAGGCGGUGAUUUUUCCCCUAUUUUUAAGGAAAGUGACAGGCUGCGUGCAGAGAAAGAGAAAGAGAGAGACAGAGCGAGAGACCACGCAGAUGGCGUUGGCUACGAGUUAGCUGGCAAACCAUGUACAGUUUUUAGACGUUUCGCGUAUUUGGACUUUACUAUGUGGAGGCUGUGCUGCUUGCGGGAGGGGAGAAAAAUUCUCUUAACAGGAGCGCUGGCGAUAAAAUAGCCCGUCUCUUCUCAAAGUAGCUUAAAGAAAAAGGACGAAAACGAACGGACGGGCAGCAAACUAUGCGCCGAGGAUCAUGAUUUCUGCCAAGAAAACUCCGGAGAAGAGUCGCUACCGCCUCCAUUACCUCGUCUGGCACAACAAACACCGGCAGCUGGAGAAGGAGCUCUCGGCCAGCGAGCAGGUGGACCUGGAGGUACUGGACCCGCGGGGCCGGACUCCUCUGCACCUGGCUGUGACUCUGGGCCACCUGGAGAGUGCUCGUGUGCUGCUGAACUAUGGUGCUGAUGUCAGCAAAGAGAACAGCAAUGGUUGGACAGUGCUGCAGGAGGCCAUCAGCAGGGGUGAUCCUGAACUGGUGCGUCUGGUCCUGCGUCACCGGGACUAUCAACGCACAUCUAAGAGACUAGCAGGCAUCCCCCGUCUACUGGAGAGACUGCAGCAGGCUCAGGACUUUUAUGUGGAGAUGAAAUGGGAGUUUACAAGCUGGGUGCCACUGGUCUCUCGUAUUUGUCCGAGUGAUACAUAUCGUGUAUGGAAGAGUGGCCAGUGUCUGCGAGUGGACACCACUCUCAUGGGCUUUGAGCAGAUGACCUGGCAGAGAGGCAACCGCAGCUUUAUCUUCAAAGGACAAGACUCUAGUGCCAUGGUGAUGGAGGUGGACCACGACAGGCAGCUGGUCUUCUGUGAGACACUGCCCUGCCUUCCCUCGUCUCCAUCGUCCCGGCCACACCCUUCCGCUAUCAGCCUGUUGGGGGCGCUGCAGCCCAGUGAUGAGCAGGUCGCUGCCCGCCUCUCUGCUCCAGUGGUCACUACACAGCUAGACACCAGGAACAUUUCUUUUGAAAGGAACAAGACGGGCAUUCUUGGCUGGCGCAGCGAGAAAACGGAGGUGGUGAAUGGGUACGAAGCCAAGGUGUAUUGCGCCUCCAAUGUAGAGCUCAUCACCCGCACACGGACUGACCACCUCACAGAGCAAAACAAAACCAAAUCCAAAGGUGGUAAAACCCCCUUGCAGUCCUUUCUUGGUAUCGCAGAGCAGCACAUGGGUACUAACAAUGGGCAGACGCUGGUUACCCAGAUGUCGUGCCCUGUGACGAACCCCUGUGCCCUUACUGCAGAGGAAUACUUUAACCCCAGUCUGAACCACAGCCACAAAGACAUUGGCCAGCCUUGCCACCUCACCACAAAAACACAGAGGUUCAAGGCAAAGCUGUGGCUCUGUGAGUCUCAUCCUCUGUCGCUGGCCGAUCAGGUGGCACCCAUCAUAGACCUCAUGGCCAUAUCCAACGCUCUAUUUGCCAAGCUCAGAGAUUUCAUCACCCUGCGUCUGCCCCCUGGCUUCCCUGUCAAAAUAGAAAUCCCCAUCUACCACAUUCUUAAUGCCCGCAUCACCUUUGAGAAUCUGAACGGCUGUGAGGAGGGAGUAGUGGGCAGGAUGGAAGGAGAAGAUGGACAGAAAGACAGCCCCAGAGCAGAGACACCGUCUCCAGGCAGUGAUUCCUCUAGUGUGUCUAGCUCCAGCUCCACCAAAGCAGUCAACUCAUCAUCUGCCAUGUUUUCAAAAUUUUCCAGCCACUCAUGUCGUGGAGGCGAGAUUCCACCAUGUGUGUUUGAGGCACCACGUGGCUACAGUGUGUUGGGAGGAAAUCAGAGAGAGAAUAUGCGUGAGGAAGAGGAUGAUCUGCUCCAGUUUGCCAUUCAGCAGAGUCUACUGGAGGCAGGCUCUGAAUAUGACCAGGUGACUAUCUGGGAGGCUUUGACGAACAGUAAGCCAGGAACCCACCCGCUUUCCUGUGACCCCAGCCGCGUGGAAAGAACACCCCAGCACAAAAGCAGCGCGGUGGCCAGUCCCCGCACUCCUACCCCUAAGCCGCCACGCAGCUACGAUGAGCAGCUGCGAUUAGCCAUGGAGCUCUCCGCCCGCGAACAGGAAGAGGCGGAGCUCCGGCAGAGGCAAGAGGAGGAGGAGCUCCAGCGCAUCAUACAGCUGUCACUCAUGGAGAAGUGACAGGAAUCACCGCAAGUGGGAAUUAAAAAAUGGUGGGAGGGCAUACGCAGCAACAGGCCCAGUAAGAACUGCGAUACUUUACAAUGCCAAGCCCCUCCUCUUCUAGUGACCUGCCAGAGGCACAAAGCUCAGUAGGGCUGACCACGUCCUUACAGCAUCACAGAGAUCCGUCGCCGUCCACUUUCUACAAGUUUACAACCACAAAAGCUAUUCAACUCAUGGGCAAUCAACUGGCAGGCACCAGACUGGUGCAUGGCUAUUCAGCAAAUGUGUGUGUGUACGUUUUGUUUUUGACAAGUAAACGAGACUGGAGCUGCUUUGGAGAUUUCAGCAUCCCUCGGAAAGCCAUUAUCCUGAGCUCCACUCAGAAUGAGGCUCAAGUCCUCCUAGACUCUCUAUCAGAGGGAGAGAGGUUUACAAAACCAUUGCGUUUUUUUAUGGAAUUGGUAAAUAAGCCUUGUUUUUCAUUUGCACAAAAAAAUUUAUUGCACUGUAGUAGAAAGCAUAAGAAAGUUAAUGGAAUGUGUAAAUGUAGAGAACACUGGCCUUAUGUUUUGGAGUUGGAUUGUUGACACCUACUCUCUGUGCACGAUAGAAACAGCAUGAUCCUCUCUUCACUUGUCCACCUCACCCCGUGCAACUUAAUUAAGUUUGUUUCUAAAAGCAAGAGCAAGUUUUGAACCACAGGGUGCAGGAUUGCAUUAUGACAUUGUAACUGAUAGGCUUGAACAGCAUAGUAUCAAAUUAGCAACAGGCUUCCAAUAAUUUUUCAGGUCUAAUUUAGGUUAAUCUAAGGUGUAAACAAAGAACCAGACACUCACUGCAAUACUUAUGUUGUGUGUAAAGAAUAUGAUCUCAAUAGCUCAGAAAACAUACAUUUUAAUGUAUGUACUAUAUCUAAUAUGGUGCUAUGUCAGUCUUUCCUAUCACUUUAUGUUAAUUGCCAUUUCCCUGAAAGCAUAAAUCAUACAUUCUCCUUUUUGGAUUUAGUGAUUAAACCCCCUUCCUAUGUCAGUUUCUUUUUUGUGGCUUCCAUGCUGUGCUUCCCAACAUAUUCCUUUAGAAACCACUGUCAAGAAACUGUUUAUCUUAUCACAGUGCUUGGAGUACCUGAGUCAGCCAAUCAAUGGCAUGACUGUAAGCAGGAAGGUCCAAUCAGGUGCACUGAUGCAGGGAGAAAACCAAAAGGGCUAGUUUCUCUGAUCCAGAUAACAGCCUCAUCCUGAUGACAAAUAAUCUAUCUGGAGAACCUCUUGUCAAGAGUUUUUCUCUGUAGUCUGACAAUCUGGGUCUAAGUGACUGGCAGAGCUUGUUUGAUGGUAGAGCCUGAAUAAUAAAAUCGGAGACAAGGCCAUAGACCAUUCCUUAAGCGCUAUGGAACUCUAAACAAUAGUGAAACAGAAUGUUUUUUCCUUUUAAGCACAAUUUUACACAAGGCAGUUGGGCUCUGUGCUACACAGCCAGAAACUUAAGUGACCAAAGGACUGCCAACAGUAUAGCAGUCAAACAAAGGGACGUGUAUAUUUGUGUGUAGUGUUACGUAGAGAGUUAAUGAUAUGGAACAAGUGAUUAUAAGGAUUUGGGUGUAUAGAAAUGCUUGAUGUGACUCAAUGUUUUAAUAUCUUAAAUAUUAAAACAAUAUGACAAUAUUUCACUGUUUCUAUUUAAAUCUGAUAUGAAUGUGGAGUGUUGCUAUGGUGUCCGUAUGAUGUGAUGGAACUGCCUACAAUGACGCUGCUCAGAUUUGUAAAGAGAGAACUGAAUAAAAGAAAAUACCAUUUCAUAC